AUGGCUCAGUCGGGUCGAAAGCGUUUCUUAGACGACUUGAGCCUUCGUGCUGGAGACGACGAGGGCGCUAUUGAAUUCUCACUCAUUUACGACGAUGAACCUCUUGCAAAGCCUUCUCUCCUCUUUACUGAUACAUCGGCAUAUCCAAGUUCGAUGUGCGUCGCAUACGACCAAGAAGCAGACGCACAUGAGACAGUCUCAGAAGUGCUGGAGAACCUCGCAUCAGAGCCUCCAAAACCCCUAAAGGACACUGUCAUUCGUUUGGUCAACUCCAUCGCCAGCGCACUUGGAUUGUGCGAUGAAGACGAGGAAAUGAACGACGCGGAUAGCGACGACAAUAUCAGUCUCGAUGAUGGAGUCGGAGGAAUGAAUAACUACCAAGCUCCCGAGAUUGCACAACAAACGGCUGCACUCAAGCGUGACUUUCUCGAAGUGGUCGCUGCAGAUUGGAAGCCCGGAGUAUUUCGCUUCGGCUCCGACUUUGUCGUGUGCGUUUCAUGCCCGGUUGUCAAAUUGUCUACACCCGCAAAUUCGUUGGCUGCAUGGGAUCGCCGUCUUCUUCUUCCAGACCAGCAUCUUACAUUACUCAUCUCGGGUUUCAGAGGAUCAUAUCCUCCUUUGACUGAAACAGGACAAGUCCUCUCUGGCUUCGCCAAGAUUCGCUUCAACGUGGGACUAUCGGACGGAAAACCCGAUAAAGAGGUUGCUGGAACUGUCACUCGCGAUUUUGGACUCGUGGAAGAGGAGAAGUUCGUAGAGCCAGAGCCAGAGCCGGAAAUCCCAGAGUACGACGAAAACGACCCGGAUACUUGGGAUCUACCGGAAAAGGAGCCGACUCCAGAACCAGAAAUUACACAUGACCCUGGUCGCUUCGACAAGUUCAGCUUGAGCACCAGCCUCAACUCCCUGCUAAACGACUCCCUCAUCACACUCAUUCAGCUCAGACUCAAGUUUGGCAUUGGAUGGGCUGGAGCAGAAGUACUCCUGGCCGAGCAAAGUGCGAAACAGAUAUCCGCCGAGGAAGCCUACAACAAUAUCGAAUAUCUUAUAGAAGCAGCGGACAGAGAAGAGAGGAGUGUUGCUCUGCUCCCUAUUGACCCGCUUCUCCGACCGACUGGCUCUGGAGUGCAGCACAUUAAUUUUCCUCUUGUCGCAUUCAGCUAUCUAGUCCGCCGCGUUCUGCUAUGCCCAAGGUUCUGCCUUGUAUGUCACCAGCGCAUUCAAACCGACUUUGUCGCUAUCAAACCAUAUGUAUGUGACAAGGGACUCUGCGCAUAUCAGUUCUAUGCACUCAGUUUUGGAACAUCUAUCGAGUACGAUCUCAUUCACAACCCCGCUGUGGUUGAUUUGCUCGUAUCCUUCGCCUGUGUCAGUGCCCUUGAAGGACAACUCUGUGAGGAGUUACCAGUUGGCAUUGGUCUUCGGGUUCCCCGGCCUUCUCGUGCGAUCGGUGGCCGUGUAGUGCAGCAAUACCACCAUACAUCUACUGUGCAACAACCUUAUGACGCAUUCGAUCUCGAGCCUGGUCACGACGGAUUGUACGAAUUUGACAAGAUGCCCUUAGCGUGGCAGCGAGGAGCCAUCGUCGACAUGCUCAACAAGAUUCCCAGAGUUUCCGAGAUGCGGCGCUAUCUUCUCAAGCUUGCCGAGCAGGGCAAGGCGAGGGGUCGACACAACAUACGAAAUAUGGCAGACGACGUUCCAGCUGCGGCUUGGACUCUACUCCGAUGGUGUGUUGCCUCAUGCACGGCAUAUAUCGAGGAACUCUCUCAUUCGUCGGAACGGGUUCAAAACAUGGAAACCAGCGGAAUGUAUCAUCAAUUCCGAUUCAGCGUCGGUUCACCACAGGCAGAGGCGAAAUUCCAAGCGGCGGUCCGAAAUGCUAUCACGACGGAUAGCCAUGCCAAGAAGUACCCUACCAUCUACGCGUGGCAUGGUUCACCUCUCUUGAACUGGCACUCGAUUAUUCGACAAGGUCUACACUAUAAGGACAUUGCCCACGGACGGGCUUAUGGAAAUGGGGUCUAUUUUGCAAAAGAUGCCAAUAUCAGCAUGAGCUAUGCUAGACCAUCGUCUAGUCGAUGGAAAAACUCGGAGCUCGUCCCAACGACAGCCUUGGCCAUCGCAGAAAUUGUCAAUCAGACUUCCAAGUUUGUGAGCACUAAUCCAUACUAUGUAGUACCGGACGUUACAUGGAUUUCGACUCGAUAUCUCCUCGUCCAGAGCGCGGCCGUCUCGCAAACCAUCAAGGACCCGGAAAGUGGAGUCAAGGUCAAGACCAUAUCUCUUGAUCCCAGCAACCAGAUCUUUAUGCACAACAAAGCUAUCGGAAUCCCCAUCCUCACUGAUCACCUCGAGCUGAUAGUGAAGGAGAAUAGGAAGAAUCUCAAAGACAAGCCUAUGGAUGACGAUGAUAGAGAGGUGUUCGAGUAUGAAGAGCGGCCUUCGACGCCUCCUCGUAUCCUCCCAAAGGACGACUGGAAGCAUGAUCCAGAUUGGGUGGCACAAACGGACUAUCAUCUGCUCCAACCCCCCUCUCAAGCUUCUCCAAUGUCUGCCAUGCACUUGCAAAAGGAGCUCAAGUUCAUCAUGGACGAACAGCGCAAAGCCAAGAGCUUAAAGGAGCUGGGCUACUACAUGUCUCCAGACCUGAUUGGCGACAACCUUUUCCAAUGGAUUGUGGAACUGCAUUCAUUUGACAAGAACCUUCCGUUGGCCAAGGAUAUGGCAAAGAACAAUAUCAACUCACUCCUGUUCGAGAUUCGGUUCCCACCUACAUUCCCUCAUUCUCCACCAUUCUUCCGCUUGAUUAAACCACGCUUGCUCCCCUUCUUGCAAGGUGGCGGUGGUCAUAUCACAGCAGGGCAUGUCCAUACUCCUAACAAUAUUGACGAUGGGUGGCUUCCUAGCUAUAAUAUUGCUGCGGUUCUCCUCCAGAUUCGCAUGGCAAUCUCCAGCACAGAGCCACGCCCCGCAAGGUUGGCUUCCGGCUCGGACUGGAAGCGUGCUUAUAGUACUCAAGAAGCUCUUGACGGCUUUAAUCGCGCUGCCGCCACGCAUGGAUGGCGCGUUCCAGAGGGAACCAGACAGCUUGUCUUGCAAUAA